AUGCUUUAUUCUUGGCAGUACUGGGUCGAUCAAUUUGGAACGAUCCUAUUGUCUGUCGUCAGCUCAUUAGCCUCACUGUCAGUUCCUGAUGACGAUACCAGAGACCACAAUAAUCAAGUAUUUCCUGAGAUUAGAAAUACUGAAAUUAGCACCCCUGCUUGUGACGAAAGUGUCAACCACAACAGCAAUCUGGCCUCUGGUUCGGUGUUUGGAGUUCACUGCUUGAGAAAUGGUUCAGCAGACAUGCCAGCCCCACAACAGCCCGAAUUCGGUGCUUGCAUCUUCGAUGCUGAUAGGUCCAGUCAGCAAACUUGUUCUAUGCAAGGCGGUAACAGGAGCAGGACUUUUGUUUGCCCCCUUUCGGAUGAAACUCUUCUUAACUCUUACGAAUCAGAGAGCCCUGAUGAACUGACGCUUGUUAAAACCGCCUGUCGACAUGGCUGCAAACUAUUGCAGCGAGGAGCUAAUUUUGCCAUUCUUUGGCUUCCACAUUGCUAA